AUGGCCAGUCGCCACCAAAAUCCUUCCUUUUCCAGGAGACGUAGAGGAGUUACAGAUUCGUUCCUGUUGCAGUGAGGCCGUAUGUAGAGAUGUCAUUGUCGGGACAUAAUGGACGAAGCAGACGUCCAGUCUUCCUGCGUCCUGGUUGACCGUUGUCGGUGUCUCGUGGGAGUUGCGUCACGGUAUUUUUCCGUGGAAGCUGAUGUUCGGUAGCCUGGGCCCGAGUCCACUUCUCCUCACUCAGUGGACGUCUCGUAGAAACACAAAGAAGAGCCAAGAAAUACUAGUAAAGGGAACGGAAGAGUCAUCGCGCAGAAAGUGGCCUGUUGAUUGCCUCCUUGCUGAAUUCUACCCUCUGUCACAGCAAUCAGCUUUUAUGUUACUCUUCCACCUCUCCUGCAACUCUGCAGCGUCAUGGAACGCAUUGUUGUACUCGUGUCAGCGACAUUUCUCUAUGCCGUCGUGGGCAGGGCAUCUAUGGCAUCAGCAGAGAUGGCGUCCAGAACAAAGCGACUAUAUAUCCUCAUUUCCUUCCAUUGUGUGCUUUCUGAGAUUUUAAGCGGCCACGCCGCGGCGGAAGCCACGUCGAAGCCAGCGCGCCAGCCCGAAGGUGCGGGACGGUCUGCUUCCCCGUCACCUUCACUGUCACACGCUUCAGGUGUUGUUGUAGGGGCACGCCGGCGGAGGCUUGCCGAAGGCAGUCCCGGGGAGGAGCCUGAUCCCGUCCGUGAAUUGCUCGAUCUUGAGGAGGAGCUCGAAAACCUUCAUGCACUGCGGUUCAAAGAACGACUUGCGUUUAGGCAAUGUGUGAGGCACUGGGGUACUUUCGACGCCUACUGUCGAGAACACUCGAGAUGGAAAAGCAAGAUGGCGGCGGAUCCAGAGAGGAUGAGAGAUGCAUUCGAAAGGAAACAAGCAAGGAAGCAGACGGCUUGCAACGUUUGGGCGGCAUUGCUAGAUGCCGCCCGUGAGAAAAUUGAGGCCAUGGACAGGGAGAGGAAACAGAUGCAAAGUCGACUCACCAAGGAACAAACCUCCCUGUAUCUUGCCGCAAAAGCUGCCCGCGGUCGAGCUCAAAUCGGGGGUGAUAGUUCGCAUACCGCUGUGGGUGAGGCAGCAGUUGGUGCGAGCACGAGACCGCCGGCUACUGGUGAAAGUCCUACGCCAGGUGACUCUGGUUCCCUGGACGCCUUGGAUAACGAAUUAGCGCGACUAAGGCAGGUAAUUUCACUGGCGUUAGGCAAAUGGCAUCGUUCGCGCCGGGCUCUGAAGGAUCACUUAGAGCGCCGUGUACCGUCUACUCCGCCGGGUGUGCCUUCACCUGAACGAGACCGUGCCGGUGAAGCCCGAGCCGUAUGGGAGGCGCAACACCUCCAACUCGAACAAGAUGCUAAACAGGCACGCGAGGCCGUUGAUAAAUUUCGUGAGCGGUUGCGGGAACUUAACGCACAGAAAGCUGCACAUGAGAAGGCGCACGGUGUCUCUCCGGGCAGGAGAGGCUGUGAAAAUGCUCCUGUCCGCUUCUCCCGUCUUGGCAUUACCGUUGACGCACGUGAGGCGGCUAUACCGUGGUUUCAACGCCCUAAUUUUUUGACCUUGAGCCACCGCUGGAGUGGCGCGCCUCCUGAUCCAGCUGCACGACCGCCUCCUCGCUACAGAUAUACUGUGUUUACUGCUGAGGUACAACACGUAUCACGUCCAACUCUGAAGCCACGCAGCAAGCAUUCUCGCCUUCGUGUAGCUGAUCCAACCCGCGAGACAGGUGCCGAAACGAAGGCAAGCACGAGUACGUCUGGACUUGCAGGACCAUCAGAGUUCCAAAAUGAACGAGUGCACUGCGCUCUAUAUGGGACUGACGAAUCCGUCCUCGACAGUAGCGAGUCGUUGGCAAAACCGUGUUUUGUGAAAUGGCACGGCUGAUUUCGUUUCCGCCUGGCAGCUGGUUCAGCAGCAGGGGAUGCGAGUCUGUAGACAAAGCUGCCACAGUUGCCGGAGUCAUGACGAUGUGGAUGUCGUCUCCUUCUUCCGUGUUUAGAGCCAAUGCCAGAGGGUCACGUGGAAUCUUCCAACGCCACCGCUUUCCGCGUUACAGCGUCGGAGUGACCCCGCUGGGUGCUUUAGACCUCUCGUUUUGUCGCUGGAACAGGAGUCAGUCACGUUCGUAGUGCCGCGGCGAAUGUAUGAACUGCGAGGCUAGUUUCUCUUGGAGGUUGUUGGAAUAGCUCUCUGGAACAGGCACUGUUAGAGAACCGAGCCCAUCAGUAAUGUUCCCCGUGUAAUCUGAGAUCUCCAGUGAUGUGUAGGUGACUGACAUUGCGGUUAGCGUACGGAAGACAUCAGGAUGCCUUUCAUCUCUUCGAAUCGAUUCAACAGGUGCUUCAGAGAGGCGAUGUGUUUUCUUCGUUCAACCCACGGACGCUUUGAGAUGCGCCUGAACUCUCCACGGCUCCUCAACGUGCACAACAUGCAAGGCACUGGCUGAGUGUCGCUGCUUCUUCUGCUUCAGGCACUGCGACAAGCGAACCAGAUUCACCGGGCGAGGGAACAUCCGGGAUUGUCGCGAAGACGCCAAGAGCCAGAGCUGCCAAGAGACAGCGUCGUUCAAGUCCCCCCCGGCCACGUGAGCAUUUGUAGUGCAGGCAUGGAAGAGCUCACACCAGAAACCCCA